AUGGUUGCUCUUCCUCAUGGCGCUCCCCUGCCUCUUCAUUCGGUGCAGCACGACUUUGGUAAGUCGCCCAGCAGCCCGAAGUCCAACAAGAUUCUCGAAGCCAGAAGGGAAAAGGUGAAGCAGGCAUUCUUAAAGAGCUGGAACAGCUACAAGAAGUUGGCUUGGAAGUAUGACGAGCUUGGCCCUCUAUCAGGCGAAGGAAAGAACACUUUUGGGGGCCUGGCUGCAACGAUCAUGGACGCCCUUGACACGCUCUGGAUUAUGGAUUUAAAGGACGACUUUUAUGAAGCUGUCAACGCGGUAGCGGGGAUAGACUUUAUGAAGACAGAAGACAAGGCCUUGAAUCUUUUCGAAACCACGAUUAGAUAUCUCGGUGGGCUGUUGAGCGCCUACGACCUUUCCGGGGAGCAGGUAUUGUUAAGAAAAGCCGUGGAGCUUGGCGAAAUGCUGUAUGCCGCCUUCGACACACCCAACCGGCUGCCGGGCUUCUGGCUCAACUUUGCAGACGCUCAAGCAGGGAACCAACUAGCCGGAACCGGUGAUCCCUCUGCGUCCCCCUGCUCCUUGGGACUCGAGUUCACGCGCCUCUCACAGCUCACAGGCGACGAUAAAUACUAUGAUGCCAUCAACCGGGUCACCGAACUUCUGGAAACAUACCAAAACCGCACGGCGCUUCCUGGUAUGUGGCCAACGCUUAUCAACUUUCGUCACGAGACCAUGCCAUCUACACAAUUCACGCUUGGCGCGUUAGCCGACAGCCUUUACGAGUAUCUGCCCAAGAUGUAUGCUCUUCUUGGAGGCCUGGAACCAAAAUACGAGCGAUUAUAUCGCGGCGCUGCUGAAGCUGUGACAGAGCACUUGCUCUUCCGCCCGAUGCUUCCACCUGCAGUCGGAGCACAAGACGUUCUCUUCUCAGGAACCGUGGAGGUCGAGACCAACGAGAAAGGUCAAGCUAAUACCGUACUUGAUCCCGAGAGUCAACAUCUCACUUGCUUCGCUGGUGGAAUGUUUGGUCUUGGUGGGAAGCUGUUCCGAAAGGAUAGAGAUGUCAACAUUGGCGAAAGGCUGACACGCGGUUGCACAUGGGGUUACUCGCAAAUGCCGACCGGGCUGCUGCCAGAGAUAUUUGGAAUGGUGCCAUGUCCCUCGAUCGACGAGGAUUGCAAGUGGGAUGAGCAGCGCUGGGUAUCUGGAGGAGGCCACACCAACCACGAUGGUAAUGCGCAAGCAUUGCCGGGAGGAUUUCGUCACGCUAGGGAUCCACGAUAUAUCCUUCGGCCUGAGGCUGUCGAGUCCGCUUUCCUCCUGUAUCGCAUGACGGGCAAGGCGGAAUUUCAGGAGUCGGCUUGGACGAUGUUUGAGAGCAUCACGAAAGCCACCGAGACCAAGUUGGCAUAUGCCUCGAUCGCCGAUGUAACGUCCAAACCGAACAAUCUCCAAAGAUUGGACUCGAUGGAGAGCUUCUGGUUUUCAGAAACACUAAAUGCAGGCUGGGGAGUAUUUGCGACACAGAGACUGGAUACAAGAGAUCCUCUGAAAGAGGUGCUCCCUACAGAGCAAAAGAAGUUCGGCGAUAGGGGGGACGAAGUAGAUCCCCCCGGAGAGUCCGUGGACACUCCCGCGAUGGAGCACGCAACCUCGCGAGUCCACUUUGUACCGAUCACAAAUGUAUAUAAACCUACUCUCUUCCUCGAGGAAUUGUAA